CUGUUAGAUCAGGUUGAUGAUUGGAAUUUUCCUAUAUUCGACUUGGCAGAAAAGUGUGAUGGCUCGAUUCUAAGUCAUCUAACUUAUCGUCUGUUCGAAAAUACUGGCCUAUUCGAUAUGUUUCACAUCGAUCGCUCGCGUUUCAUUUGCUACUUUCGGGCUUUAGAGAAUGGCUACAGAAACAUACCAUAUCACAAUCGAAUACACGCUUCGGAUGUUUUACAUGCAUGUUACUAUCUCACAACUCAACCCAUUCCUGGAUUCGAUCAUUAUAAUUCAUUAGCAUGUAAAAUACCGAACAAGGCAAAACGUGAUCAUGUACAAGGCAAUAUGGAUGACAGUCACGGUUCUGAAUCAUUUAAAAAGGAAGCAGACUAUGGCUACUUAGCUACAGCUUUGCCUGCAUUAGAGUUAGUUGCUCUCUAUAUUGCUGCUGCAAUGCAUGAUUAUGAUCAUCCUGGCAGAACUAACGCGUUCCUAGUUGCUACCAACGCCACACAGGCAAUUUUAUAUAACGAUCGUUCGGUAUUAGAAAGUCAUCAUGCUGCUGCAGCGUGGCAGCUGCUACUCAGUAAACCAGAGUAUAAUUUCUUAAGUGGGCUUGAUGCUGCUGAGUAUCGACGUUUACGAUUUUUAAUUAUUGAAGCUAUCCUUGCGACUGAUUUGAAACGACAUUUCGAUAUACUAAGCGUAUUUAAUGAAAAAGUAUCAAAGGAAACAUCUGGCUCAGGCUUUGAUUGGGGACUCGAAUCAGAUCGUUUAUUAGUUGUUCAAAUGUGUAUUAAAUUAGCUGAUAUAAAUGGACCUAGUAAACAGAGGAAUCUACACGAAACUUGGACAGACAGAAUUGCUAAAGAAUUUUACGAGCAGGGCAACGAAGAGAAGUCAUUAGGAAUGCCUGUAUCACCAUAUAUGGACUGCAAUUAUCCCCGUUUAGCAGCUUUACAAGAAUCUUUUAUCAGUAACCUAGUAGCUCCAUUAUUUAGAUCAUAUGCAGACGCAGGUCUCAUGCCGAAUGUAUGGCAACCAGAUUCAAAAGAAAUGGGUAACAUGAGUAAUAAGGGUGGUGAUUCUCAGCCUAACGCGCUUGUUAAAUUGCUCAUAAAUUACAUAGAAGAAAACUAUGAAUAUUGGGUUAAACGUAAGGAAAUAGAAGAUGGUUUAGUUGAGCCGGAUGGAUUAGAACGCUCUCGAAGUGCUACUGAAGAUAUCAUCGAAGAGGAAGAACUUUUAUCCAAGGAAAAUGAUAUCCCUUCAUCGCCGAAAGAGGCCUAA